CGCGCGAACGUAAAUGCGAGAGACGCGCUCGGACAGACGGCGCUGCAGCUCGCGAUCGAGGAGGGGCACGCGGGCAUCGCCGACCUUUUGAUCGAGGCGGGCGCGGACGUGGACGCGCAGACCACGACGACGGUCCUGAUGCUCGCGAUCAAGCGCAGGCGCUUAGAGAUCGUCGACAAAUUAAUCAAGGCGGGCGCGGACGUGGAUGCGGACGACUGUCAUGGAGAGACGGCCCUCACGCUCGCGGUCAAAGACGGGCUCUUAGGAAUCGUCGACAAAUUGAUCGAGGCGGGCGCGGACAACUUGUCCCUCUUCGACUGCGACGAUCUCCUGCACCGCGCCAUUGAUGAUGGUUGCGAACGCCAGGUCCUCGUGCUCUUGAGAGCCGGUGCGGACGUCGAAAUAGAAGAAUCCGGUGAAGGCACGCCACUUUCGUACGCAGCCAGACUGGGGGAAACGAGCAUGGUCAGCCUUCUGCUCGAAUACGGCGCGGACGUGGAUCACGAUGGGGGGUGGUGUGGGACGGCGCUGCAGAUUGUGAUGGAACAGGGGGAUUCAGAAAUCUUCGAACUUUUGGUUGGCGCGGGCGCGGACACGGGUUGUUUGGAGGAUCCAGACGAAGACGGUUUGCGUCCGCUGUAUCACGCGGCCCAGAGCGGAAAUGAACGUAUGGUCCUGGCACUGUUGCGCGCCGGUGCGGUGGUGAAUGUACGC